AUGACAGCUGGUCCACUUGAGAACAAAAGGGGAGAGCCGAGCCUCGUCGAGAAAAAAAUACACGACGAGCAAAAACAACUGCGCUUACAUGCGCCCGCGGACCGGCGGCGACUGUCCGCUAAUAAAUUUGCAAUCGCGUUCGAUACGAGCCGUCGACAGUCGCUACUGUGCUCGAUAAGUACCAGCACUCGCCUAAAGUGGACUCAAGCCAACACUGCACAACCUACCCGCGUACAAAGCGGGCCACCCUCGACC